AUGUACUUGAGCACAGAUGUCGUCACGUGUUUAUGCUGUUCUGUGGGAUUUUUGCGAGCAGUUUGGAAAUAUAAUUCAGCAUAUUCAACACUGACUGUAAUUGCGACAAUGCACCAUGGUAUAUGGAAUUAUCCAUUUCCGGCUGUAACAUUUUGCAAUAACAAUCAAAUUUCAUCGAGAAAAGUACAAGAGUUUGUUAAAAAUCUUACAAUAGUCAAUAAUUUAUCACGAGAAUUCAUUUUGGACGAAAUGAAGCUUCUUCUUGAAAUGUUGGAUCCUGAUAUUUUCGAAGAUGAUCUAGAUUCAAAUUUUACAGUACUUCAAGAUAUUUUUGAUGUUAAUAAUUAUUCCAUCUCUCAUAUAAUGAGUUUGGUAAGGCAAGAUUGUUCUAAUCUUUUGAAGAGCUGCAAGUGGAAGGGGACUUAUGUACCUUGUCACGAGAUAUUUCAUGAAAGUUAUUCUCGUGAUGGCUUAUGCUGCAGUUUCAACUAUUUCAAUUCCGAAAGUACAAUUGAAGCAAAAACCGUGCCCAAGAGACUUACCGCUUGCGGUUAUCAAACGGGUCUGACAGUUUUAAUUGACGCCGAACCAGAUGAUUAUUAUUCGAGUCUAUACGGUUCUUACGGGGUGAAGGUGAUGAUUCAUUAUCCGUACAAUUAUCCAGAUCGUAGUUCCGAAUAUAAAUUGAUUGGCUUGGGGGUGCAAUCCUUUUUAGCCAUAGCGCCACAGGAAGUAUAUUCUACAGCAGCGGUGAAGAAUUUGCCAUUAAGCGCGCGACAAUGUAUUUUCGAAGAUGAAAUUUUACCAAAGGAAUUGCAAGUAUUAAUGAGAACUGUUGGUCAACGUGCAAAUUACUCCUAUGUAAAUUGUUUAAACCGGUGCAGGAUAAGUAUAAUUGAAAAUGAAUGUGGAUGCUUUCCUUAUUAUAGUCCACAAAACAGGUCGAGAGAAUGUAACCUGAGGGAUAUAAGAUGUUUAUCCGACAUAAAAUCUUUGAUCGAUACAUCUUGGCCAGGUAUCAAUGUAAAUCACGCGGAUCUAACGACCGUUGACAUUGAUAUACGACGAAAACCUUGUGGCUGUCUAUUUGAUUGCUCGAUUUAUCGUUACCCUGUCGAUGCUUCCGAAGGUAUUAUAGACACAGAGCAAUUUUACGGGGACAGGAUUAAAGAAUCUAGUAGUCUUAAAAAUUAUAGCGUCGUUAAUAUUUUUUACGUUGACUUUAUAUCUACGCAGUAUCGUCGAGAGGUGUAUUACAAUUGGAAAAACUUCUUUGCGUCAUUCGGUGGCCUGUUGGGCCUUUCCGUUGGAUUCAGUCUUAUAAGUGCUUUUGAGCUUUUAUACUUUUUUGUCGUUCGUGUGAUCGUCGAUAUAUGCAUUGCAAGAAAGAAUGAAAGAGCUGAGAGAAAUGUAAAUCAAUAA